AUGGAUUUAAAUAUUAGAGCACGAAGCUCAUGGUUUUGAAGAGUAAAUCAUUUCUUCCGAGUCUUGAGUGUCUUUCAAGUCACACCACAUAUAGACGAGACUCUUUUAUUUCCCCAAAAACUCUCUCUUUCUUUACACACAAAAGCAUAUGAGAGACCUCCAGAAAUAUGAUUGCAGUGCUCUCUUGCUCAACCUUACCACCCCCAGCCUCAACAAGGCCCAGAGGCGUUGGCGUUUUGCCUAUGCUGCCAUCUACUCUGUGAGGGCUAUGCUCUCUCUCGUUAAGGAGAUGGUUCCCGCAAGGAUUGAUCCUAAAAUAUCUGAUGAAUCCCUCUCUCUCUCCUACACAGACCUCGAGUCCACUGAUGGAGCAAAGAUCAACUCUAUGCCUCUCUCUUACGUGCCUGACAUCGAUCAUGAGCGACUUGUGGAGAUCAUGAAGGGUAAGGACUUACCUGGCAUCCAAGCGCUGGGUGGCGUUGCUGGUGUCGCUACUUCCCUAAGGACAAACGCAACCAAAGGGAUCCAUGGGAAUGAGCAAGAAAUCAGCAGACUUCGUGACCUCUUUGGCUCUAACACCUACCAUAAGCCACCGCCUAAAGGACUUUUCUUCUUCGUGUAUGAAGCUUUCAAAGACCUAACCAUCUUGAUCUUGUUGGUCUGUGCCACUCUCGCCCUUGGCUUCGGGAUCAAAGAACACGGCAUCAAAGAAGGUUGGUACGAAGGCGGAAGCAUCUUCGUAGCAGUCUUCUUGGUCAUAGUUGUCUCUGCUCUCAGCAACUUCAGGCAGGAAAGACAGUUCGACAAGCUGUCCAAGAUAAGCAAUAAUAUCAAAGUGGAAGUCCUUAGAGACAGCAGGCGGCAACAUAUCUCCAUCUUUGACGUUGUUGUUGGUGAUGUUGUCUUCUUGAAGAUUGGAGAUCAGAUUCCAGCUGAUGGUCUGUUCUUGGAUGGGCAUUCACUUCAGGUGGACGAGUCUAGUAUGACCGGAGAGAGUGACCAUCUCGAAGUUGAUCUCAAGGAUAAUCCCUUCUUGUUCUCUGGCACGAAGAUAGUUGACGGGUUUGCCCAGAUGCUGGUUGUCUCCGUGGGUAUGAGCACAACCUGGGGACAGACGAUGAGCUCCAUAAACCAAGAUUCUAGCGAGAGAACACCUUUGCAGGUCCGUCUGGACACGCUGACCUCCACCAUAGGGAAAGUUGGUCUUACAGUGGCUGCACUUGUCCUGGUGGUGUUACUAGUCCGUUACUUCACAGGGAACACAGAGAAAGAGGGUAAAAGAGAAUACAACGGGAGCAAAACACCUAUUGAUACUGUGGUUAAUUCCGUGGUGCGAAUCGUGGCAGCUGCUGUCACCAUUGUCGUUGUGGCUAUCCCGGAAGGCUUGCCAUUGGCUGUGACUCUGACGCUGGCUUACUCCAUGAAAAGAAUGAUGUCUGAUCAAGCUAUGGUCAGAAAGCUCUCGGCGUGUGAGACAAUGGGCUCAGCGACAGUGAUAUGCACAGACAAAACAGGCACUUUAACACUGAACGAGAUGAAGGUAACCAAGUUUUGGCUUGGCCAAGAGUCAAUCCAUGAAGACUCUACCAAGAUGAUCUCAUCUGACGUUCUCAAUCUGCUUUACCAAGGCACCGGUCUAAACACGACGGGAAGCGUCUGUGUGUCAGACUCAGGAUCAACGCCUGAGUUCUCGGGCAGUCCAACAGAGAAGGCUCUUUUGUCUUGGACUGUGCUAAAUCUGGGUAUGGAUAUGGAGUCAGUGAAGCAGAAACACGAUGUUCUCCGCGUAGAGACUUUCAACUCAGCAAAAAAACGAAGUGGAGUUUUGGUCCGAAGAAAAGCUGACUAUACAGUUCAUGUACACUGGAAAGGAGCCGCUGAAAUGGUCCUAGCUAUGUGUUCUCACUACUACACGAGCACUGGGUCUGUUGACUUAUUGGACUCCACCGCAAAGAACAGAAUUGAGGCAAUAAUUCAAGGUAUGGCGGCCAGUAGCCUGAGAUGCAUAGCAUUCGCCCAUAAAGUAUCGUCAAACGACUCGGGAUUAGAGGAAGAUGGCUUGAACUUGAUGGGAAUAGUGGGUCUGAAAGAUCCAUGUCGUCCUGGUGUCUCAAAAGCUGUUGAAACUUGCAAACUAGCGGGGGUCACCAUCAAGAUGAUAACGGGAGAUAAUGUUUUCACUGCAAAAGCGAUAGCGUUUGAAUGUGGAAUCCUGGACCACAAUGACGAAGAUGAAGAAGAGGCUGUUGUAGAAGGUGUUCAGUUCAGAAACUAUACAGACGAAGAGAGAAUGCAGAAAGUUGAGAAGAUCCGGGUCAUGGCAAGGUCAUCUCCCUCCGACAAGCUUCUAAUGGUCAAAUGUCUGAGACUUAAAGGCCACGUGGUAGCCGUCACAGGGGAUGGCACCAAUGAUGCACCUGCACUCAAAGAAGCAGAUAUUGGACUGUCUAUGGGAAUUCAGGGCACUGAAGUGGCGAAAGAAAGUUCGGACAUUGUCAUUUUAGAUGAUAACUUCACAUCCGUUGCUACAGUCUUAAAAUGGGGGAGGUGUGUCUACAACAAUAUCCAAAAAUUCAUACAGUUUCAGCUAACGGUGAACGUUGCAGCUCUUGUGAUCAAUUUCAUCGCAGCAGUUUCAGCCGGUGAGGUCCCUUUGACCGCAGUUCAACUGUUGUGGGUAAACCUCAUCAUGGACACUCUGGGAGCUCUGGCUCUCGCCACCGAGCGACCCACCAACGAGCUCCUGAAGCGAAAGCCAGUUGGCCGAACAGAGGUCCUGAUAACAAAUGUCAUGUGGAGAAAUCUCUUGGUUCAGUCAUUAUAUCAAAUAGCCAUACUCUUGAUCUUGCAAUUUAAGGGUAUGUCUAUAUUCAACGUGCCCAAGGAAGUGAAGAACACACUCAUAUUCAACACUUUCGUGCUCUGUCAAGUUUUCAACGAAUUCAAUGCAAGGGAGAUGGAGAAGAAAAAUGUAUUCAAAGGACUUCAUAGAAACAGGUUGUUCAUUGGAAUCAUAGCGAUCACUAUCGUGCUUCAAGUCAUUAUGGUGGAAUUCCUAAAGAAGUUUGCGGACACAGUAAGGCUUAACGGGUGGCAAUGGGGAACUUGCAUAGCAAUUGCAUCUCUUUCAUGGCCCAUUGGAUUUUUCGCAAAAUUCAUUCCCGUUUCUGAGACACCGUUCCUCAGUUACUUUAAGAAUCCAAGAUCCUUAUUUAAGGGUUCAAGAAGCUCAUCUCUCAAGAAACCUUGAGAAGCCUACCAUAGUAGAAGCUUACCAGUUUAUAAGAUUCAAAUUCAUUAGGUGAAACUUUGAUGGUUGCCCACCAAGAGGUGCAUUUACGAGGUUAUGGCCACUGACUUCUAAGUUCUUUCAAACUGCUGCAACAAGGUGGCUUUCCAGUUCACUUUUAUAGAAACAUUAAGCAAGAUUACUAGGUUGGUUUAAGAAGAUAUCUGGAUGGCUUAAGAAAACUGAAGGAAAAACAAUAGUGCGAGUUUGAAUUUCGGCCUACCCAUUGGUGGGUAGUAAGACUAGCCUUGGUUUAUCUGCUGUACAAUGGAAGGGUAUAUUACACCGUUUGUACUUUUAAAACUAAACAAGUAGGAAAGUUUUGUCUUGAGGUGAGGGUUACAUACAUACAGCGUGCAAGGUAGAGUUUGUCUGGUAAUGUUUGGGUGAAUAUGUGAGAGAGAGACCAGUUUGGUUUUGUACAGUUUUCCUUUUUCUUAAGACGUUUGGCUUAUAAAUUCUACUA